ACGGUCGGUUGACGCACCAAAUUAAGCGUACGUACUUUACUUACUAACGACCUCGGAGGAGGAGAAGAAGAAGAAGAUGGUGGUGCAGGUGUACGGGAAAGCCCAGGCCGUGUGUCCGCAGAGAGUCAUGCACUGCCUCGUCGAGCUCGGCCUCCCUUUCGAGCUCGUCCACGUCGAUAUCGACGCCAUGGAACACAAACUACCUGAGUACUUGGAGAAACAACCCUUCGGACAGGUUCCUUACAUCACCGAUGGCGACUUCGAUCUCUUCGAGUCUCGGGCGAUCGUGAGGUACCUGGCGGGAAAGUACGGCGGGCGCGGCGGCGGGGCGCCGGAGCUGCUGGGGCGGACGGUGGAGGAGCGGGCGAAGGUGGAGCAGUGGAUGGACGUAGAGGCCAUCAACUACAAUCCCUGGGCGUUCCCCGUGGUGUUCAACCUGCUGGUGCUGCCCCUGCGCGGCGCGCCGGGGGACAGGGAGGCGGCGGCGGCGGCCGUCGAGGAGAUGAGCCGCGUGCUGGAGGUGUACGAGAAGCAGCUGUCGAAGAGCAAGUACUUGGCCGGGGACGAGUUCACGCUGGCCGACCUGACCCACAUCCCGGCGACGCGAUACGUCGUCGAGCUCUGCGGCGGCGCCCACAUCUUCGAGGGGAAGGAGCGAGUCAAAGCGUGGUGGGAGGACAUCACCGGGCGUCCUGCGUGGAAGAAGGUCAUCAGCUUCGUCGAGUCCGGCAAAUCGAGCUACUCUCCGUAAUCGAUAAUGAAUUAAAGAUAUAUGUGUGCUUUAAUUUGGGUGAGAAGUGCUUGUGUGUAUGCUUGCUGCAAUAAUUAUGUUCCAUGACCGCUAGCUGUUUUAAAGAGUGAGGAUGUGCCACUAUACAGCAAAGACAGUGUACCCCCAAUGAGUUUGUGUUUGUAUUUCCAAUAAGUAAUUAUAUAUAUGGUGUUAAUUA